AUGCUGGCCAUUGAGACCAUAUCUGCCUCGGGGUUCCGGAACACGAGCAGCUUCGACGUGAUGGAUUCGGACGUUGCCCAGCUAGCAAAUCCUCGGCCUAUGCUUCGACCUGCAGACGCUACACGCCUAGGCCGACCCUUUCGCCCUGAAGACGCCGAAAGACCUCGAGCUCCGAGCGAGAACCCCAGGCCGAACGGUGAACGAACAACCCCAUCCCCAGCCGUGGACACUUCUCCCCCCGUGGAAGACCGGCCGCCGGUACAAAACCCGAGGAACGAGCAGGCCUUGUUGUCCCUCGAGGACACCACUGAACUGUUUAGAAAAAGGGUCGCCGACGCCAGACAAGAUACGGAGCAUGCACUCGCCGGCGGUGAAGCAGUCAGCGAGGCGGUCAAGCCCAAGCUCACGCUUGACCUGGGCCACUCAAACAUUGCAAGACUCCCCGAGAGUGUGGUCGACCUGAUCAAGGCCGAAGUGGAAAGACUGUCCCUGUCACACAACCAGAUCUGGCACAUUCCUCUACGCUUCGCCGAAUGUACCCAUCUACGGUACCUCAACAUACGUUCCAAUGUAUUCAGGGAGAUUCCCCGAGGGGUGUACAAACUCGGUCAGUUGGAGAUACUGGAUAUCAGUCGCAACAAGGUCCGCAGGAUUUCGAGUGAUAUACGGAACCUCAAGUCUCUGCGGGUGUUCUCGAUCGUGCAUAACCGGGUGGAAGACUUGCCCACGGAACUGUGCGAGUUGAACAAGUUGCAGAUAUUGAAGAUUGCGGAAAAUCCUCUCCGGUUCAAGCUGAAAAAGAUUGUGGAGACGAAGGAGUCGGAAGUUUCUUUCUCAGAGAUGACGGAUCAUGAGAGAGAAACGGCCAUCACAACCGAGAUCAAACGGUAUCUGAGGGAGACGCACCCCGUGGUUGUGGACGCCGAAGCAUCUCCCGAUAUCGAGGAGGUCCCUAUGGAAACGCCGAGACCUCUGAGACGAGCGCUGAGUAGCCGAUUUCCCGUCAUACCGAGUACCGGUAGUUUCGACACUGGCUCUGAGGGAAAUCGAUCGUCACCGCUCCAACCAAACGCACCUCCCAUACCCACGCGUUCACAUUAUCGCAUGACUUCAGGAACCCAAACCAUCCUUCGGAGGCCUGGGGUUGCACCUCUCCUCAGCCAGCACAGUAAUGAGAGGAACCGAAGCAACAGCGAGAGUGUGUUGCAAGCGUCGGCAGCGGCUCGCCAUAAGAGGAUGGGCAUGCUGAGAAAAGACAAACCCGACCUGGACAGCAUUGACGAACUCAAGGCGAAUCGCAACAGCCAUCUCCGAGGGUUCAGUCAUGGCUCCGUUCUCAAGCGCAACGGUGUUUUGUCAUCCCCCGGCGGGGCUAGUUCUUCCAGCCCUAGCAGUCCGCGGGAUGCAAGAAGGCACAGGCUUGCGUUUGUGAAACGAUUGUCAAGCCUGCCUGAACACAAAGUCGAGCACGACUGGAAUAGCCCGGUCAUCGAAGGUGCCAAAGGCAUCCUGUAUGCUCUGUAUCAGGUCCACCCACAUAUCUCCGGCCUCAUCGCGGCGAUCAGAGGGAAAGAGUUCCGACGAAGUACGUUGGAGUUCACCUUCUUCAAUGCCUCGACGCAUGUGGAUCGUCUGAAUGAGGCACUGGAGCAAGCCGACAUGGUCGACCCGGAGGAUGAAGACGCCGUUGAAAACAUCGAGUCCACGGUCCGACAGGACUGUGCGACGUGUAUCAUGGCUUACACGCAUGUGACGGCUCAACUUCAGGAUAACGUGAAAAAGAUCGUGGCCGGGAUCGAUGCCCGAUAUGUCCGGACGCUCAUGCUUCUUCUGUACGGGAGCAUGGCUGAGGUCAGGAACGCAAUCCAGAGCUUUGGCGCGGAAGUCAAGUUGAAACAAGGGCUCGGUCAUAGAAGACAGAUGUCCAGUGGGAACACGCAUCCCAUCCAGACCAUCCCGGAAGAGUUCAGCACUCCUUUGCAGCCUGCUCGGGCCAGCACUCCCACCCGAGACAGGAAUUGGCCUUCCAGACCAGGCGGGAGAUUGCGCAGUGACACGGCCUUUCAACAUGCAGUGGUCGGAACCAACCCGGUCCAUGAAGCGAACUCUGUCCCACCUCUCAACACGGGUGGGCCCCCAACUCCGAUUCACUUGACCGGCACCACUCUGAAUGGCGGAUUUCCAACGGGAACCUCGUCGACGUUUUCCAAUAGUGGCACCAUGAACUCGGCAUCCUCGGCUGGCUUGAGGUCGAGGUCAAGCUCACGCACCGCACAGCUGACGAACGGCAUCAGCUCCUUGUCUCUUGCCAGCACCCCUCACUCUGGCGAAGGUUUCAACCUGCCACCGUCUGCUUCCUAUGCGGCCCGAGUGAACCCUUCGACCGGUCUGACUGACACUCAAGAGGAGGCCAUCUUCGAGCAAAUCUUCCUUGCUCUGACGCGUGCGUACGAUGCGGCGUUGCAUACUAUACCAAUUGCCAAACAACAAUUCCUCCGAUGUCUGGAAGCAGCCGAAGAAAACCGCCAGCCCAAAUCGGUCCACGAACUGUGGUCUACGCUUGUGUAUCGGUGUAAACUGAGCAUCGAGGUCAGCGAAGCGCUCCAAAUCAGGCUUGUCAACAUGCGCUUGAAGGAUCCAAGUGUCCAUGUUGCCCCCAACGCCAGUGGACGGAACGAUCCUUCGCUGUGGCUCCUGUGCAAGACCUUCUUGAUGGGCUUCAUCGACUUACUUACCGACAUGCGAGAAGCAAAAUCUCUCCGUUUGCUGUCGCAGGAACUUAUCACGAUGUUACGCCCCGUGCAAAAGGCAAUCCGGGAAGCCGGCCGGCUGAUUGAGACGAGCCCCUGGAGGUACCUUACCGACAGCGCCACCGCGGCCAUGCCUCCUCCUAGCGUGUUUAAUUCCACCUUGGGUCAGCAGUCCGGCGUGAAUGGGAACACUUAUUCCAACGGUAUUAGUAGUAUGUCGGGGUACAACGGUACAACCCAAUUGGGCAACCACUCACUUCCCAGUCCCUUUCCUCCUCCCGUAGCGCCUAUCCCGGCAGUGCCAGGGUCAUGGUCUGCUACAAGUGUUAAUAACAUGACAACGAAAUAUACGGCCAAUGGCAAUGCCAAUGUCAAUGGCAACGGCAAUGGUGUGUCUGGCCACGCUGGCGCUAAUGGACUCAGCCCGGUCUCUGCACCAUUACCAGCGACGCCCUUAUCUGCAGUGUUGGGUCCGGCUGCGCAAGCGACGGUGCCGAUGUCCACGCCCAUACCGAGUACACCUGCGAGUGCUUACGGAGAUCAAUUUUUCAAGGGCGACGUGUUUCAACGAGCGGACAGUCUAUUGAACAUGCAGCAAGCAGGGAGUAUGAAUUUCCUGAGCCGACGGUGA